AUGAGUCAGGAAGACUCUUAUCUCAUCAGAUCUCAGCAGGUGGGAGGCGAUGAAAAACUGUCUCUUGACAGUUUCCCACGGGAGAGGAGAGAUACAGAGUCCGAAGGCCCCGGUGGCCGAGCGUGGGAGGUGCCACACCCCGCCCGGUGUCUCCUGGGAUGCGAGGAGGGAAGCGGCGGCCCAGUUGGACUGGCCUGCAGCAGGCUCGUGCGGGGCACACCUAGUUGUGCCAUCCUCAGCCAAAGCCCACCAGAUCCAUCCUGUAAAGUCACACGCCUGAAGAUGAACAGUCAAAAGAAACGAAAAGAUAUGGAACCUGCUUGCACCUGGAGCUUAUUGUCUGAACAGAAAGCUGCUUCAAGUUCUCUGGCUUCAUUUUCAUGGAAGGAGCUUACAGAUUACAGGAAAGUAUUUAGAAAACAUCUAAAAGAAAAAUACCUAAAAAAAGGAAUUGACAAAUGUUAUCACCAUGGCAAGCAUAUAGAGUCACGACUGCUUGUUGUAAAAGAACACUGUAUAUCAGAAAAGCCACCAUGCGGAAUUCCUCAACAAAAUAAUUUUAUUGAGAUGGAACAUAUAUUUGAUCCUGAUGAAGAGGGCUCCAGCUUAUCCCAAACUGUGGUGCUUCAGGGAUGUGCUGGGAUUGGGAAAACAGCUGUGGUGCAUAAGUUCAUGUUUGACUGGGCAGCAGGAAUGGUUACUCCAGGCAGAUUUGACUAUCUCAUCUAUGUAAACUGCAGAGAAAUAAGCCGUUUUGCUAACCUUAGUGCUGCUGACCUGAUCACUAACACUUUUCAAGAUAUAGACGGACCAAUCCUGGACGUUAUUCUUGUAUAUCCAGAGAAGCUUCUGUUCAUUCUUGAUGGAUUUCCUGAGCUUCAGUACCCUGUAGGUGACCAGGAAGAGGAUCUUAGUGCCAAUCCCCUGGAGAGGAAGCCAGUAGAGACCCUCUUAUGUAGUUUCGUGAGGAAAAAACUGUUUCCUGAAUCCUCCCUCCUGAUAACUGCCCGGCCUACAGCCAUGAAGAAGCUUCACUCUCUGUUAAAACAAGCUACCCAGGCAGAGAUCCUGUGGUUUACAGAUGCUGAAAAGAGAGCAUAUUUCUUGAGUCAGUUUUCAGGUGCUAAUGCUGCAAUGAGAGUUUUUUAUGGUCUGCGAGAAAAUGAAGGCCUUGACAUUAUGUCUUCUCUUCCCAUCAUCUCCUGGAUGAUCUGCAGUGUCCUGCAGUCACAGGGAGAUGGUGACAGGACUCUUAUGAGAUCACUUCAAACCAUGACUGAUGUGUAUCUGUUCUACUUUUCCAAGUGCCUCAAAACCCUUACAGGCAUCUCGGUGUGGAAGGGACAGAGUUGCCUGUGGGGCCUUUGCUCUUUGGCUGCAGAGGGACUGCAGAACCAGCAGGUCCUGUUUGAAAUCAGUGACCUCAGAAGACAUGGGAUAGGAGUGUAUGAUACCAACUGCACUUUUCUCAAUCACUUUUUGAAAAAAGUUGAAGGAGGUGUCAGUGUCUAUACUUUCCUUCACUUCAGUUUCCAAGAGUUCCUGACUGCUGUGUUCUAUGCCCUGAAGAAUGACAGCAGCUGGAUGUUUUUUGAUCAAGUGGGGAAAACGUGGCAAGAAAUAUUCCAACAAUAUGGAAAAGGGUUUUCAUCAUUAACAAUACAGUUCUUAUUUGGCCUCUUACAUAAAGGAAAGGGAAAGUCUGUGGAAACUACCUUUGGGAGAAAAGUCUCUCCAGGACUUCGAGAGGAGUUAUUGAAGUGGACUGAGAAAGAAAUAAAGGAUAAAUCUUCUAGGUUACAGAUUGAGCCAAUGGACUUGUUUCACUGUUUGUAUGAGAUUCAGGAAGAAGAAUAUGCAAAAAGGAUAAUUGAUGAUUUAGGGUCAAUUAUACUGCUUCAACCUACCUAUACAAAAAUGGACAUUCUGGCUAUGUCAUUCUGUGUAAAAAGCAGUCAUAGUCACCUGUCAGUGUCUCUGAAGUGUCAGCACCUACUUGGAUUUGAGGAGGAAGAUCGAGCUUCAGCAUUCAUGCCACCAACCUUGACGCUUAAUCAGCCCUUCCAGCUGCAUAAUUUGCCCGUCUCUCCACUACACUUGCUCUGCCAAGCACUGCGUAACCCAUACUGUAAAGUCAAAGACCUGAAACUGAUUUUCUGCCACCUCACAGCUUCUUAUGGCAGAGACCUCGCCUUAGUAUUUGAAACCAACCAAUAUCUGACAGAUUUGGAAUUUGUGAAAAAUACCCUGGAAGAUUCCGGAAUGAAGCUUCUGUGUGAAGGAUUAAAACAGCCAAACUGUAUCUUACAGACGUUGAGGUUGUACCGAUGCCUUAUCUCUCCUGCUUCUUGUGGUGCGCUAGCAGCUGUUCUCAGCACCAAUCAGUGGCUCACUGAGCUGGAAUUUAGUGAAACAAAACUGGAAGCUUCAGCUUUGAAAUUGCUCUGUGAAGGCUUAAAAGAUCCAAAUUGCAAAGUACAGAAGCUCAAGUUGUGUGCUAGCUUUCUCCCUGGAAGCUCAGAGACUAUUUGCAGAUACCUUGCCUCUGUUCUCAUUUGCAAUCCAAACCUCACUGAGCUGGACCUGAGUGAAAAUCCCCUGGGGGACACAGGGGUGAAGUAUCUUUGUGAGGGUCUCAGACAUUCCAACUGUAAAGUAGAGAAACUAGACUUGAGCACAUGUUACCUAACAGAUGCUAGCUGUGUGGAGCUCUCUUCUUUCUUGCAAGUGAGUCAGACUUUAAAAGAGCUGUUUGUGUUUGCCAAUGCCCUGGGGGACACAGGAGUACAGCGUCUCUGUGAAGGUCUGCGGCAUGCGGAUGGUAUAAUCGAGAAUCUUGUGCUUUCCGAAUGUUCCCUCUCUGCAGCUUGUUGUGAGUCCCUCGCCCAAGUCCUGAGCUCUACCCGGAGCCUGACAAGGCUGCUUCUAAUUAAUAACAAAAUUGAAGAUUUGGGGCUGAAAUUGCUGUGUGAAGGAUUAAAACAGCCUGACUGUCAGUUAAAGGAUCUGGCACUGUGGACGUGUCACCUGACUGGAGAGUGUUGUCAGGAUUUGUGCAAUGCACUGUACACCAAUGAACACCUACGAGUUCUUGACCUCAGUGACAAUGCCUUAGGGGACGAGGGCAUGCAGGUGCUGUGUGAAGGGCUGAAACACCCCUCCUGCAAGCUACAGACCUUGUGGCUAGCAGAGUGUCACCUCACAGAUGCGUGCUGUGGAGCCCUCGCCUCUGUCCUCAGCAGAAAUGAGGACCUAACGUUGCUAGACUUGAGUGGAAAUGACCUUAAGGAUUUCGGAGUUCAAAUGCUGUGUGAUGCGCUGAUUCAUCCAAUAUGUAAACUACAAACGUUCUACAUUGACACGGAUCAUUUACAUGAAGAAACAUUCAGAAAAAUAGAAGCUUUAAAAAUGAGCAAGCCUGGAAUCACCUGGUAGUUUCCAAGGAGAGCCCCUGAAUCAGCUGCGUAUAGACCUCCUCUGUCUGGCACCAUCUCUAACAGUUGUGCAGUAUUCUUGUUCUAAACCUGUUAACCUUUGCUGAGGACGCUAGUGUGAAACAAGCAGCAGUGAUUGCUAUUUCUUACAUAGAACCAUCCACUAAAUAGGAUGUAAAAGGUGGAAGCACCUUAGUUGAAAUGUCUUCAGCAAUAAUACCUUACAUUCUUAUAUUGUGUUACAAUGUUUACUGUGUUUUUACAAAAACCUUCCAAGGUCGGAAGAUGAGGCUCAGAGAGGUUGUGACGAGCUCCAAGUCACACAGCUCAGUGGGAGAGUUGGGACUAGCAUCCAGCCAGGUUUCCCAAUACUCAGACAGGGCAGGGAAACAACAGAAAAAAAGACAUGUGAAGGAGUCCACUUAAAGAGACAAGAUACCUGAAAUGAUCAAAGAACAAGAGGGUGGACAAACACAUGUUAUAUAUUAUGGUGCUGAUUUUAAGUAAAACUGUAAUUCACAAAAGAAAGUGAGAGGAAUGAGUUGGGUUAAUAGAUAAAGGCUUCAUUGAGGUGAGACUUAAUGUGGGCCUUGAGAAUGAAUAGGAUUAAGAUGCGGGGAGAUAAACUGGCCAGUGGCUAUAAGACUGCAGGCAAAAGGGCUAUGUUUGUGAGCAGCUCACCAGAAGCACCUAGGGAGAGAGAAAUAUUUGCAUUAGAGUUUCUUGAGCUGCCACAAUAUUCAUAUCCUAGGCUCCUGAGGGUGCUCUCCAGUUCCCAGGCUCCACUCCCUUUCUGAACUUUUAAUACCUCCCCCAUGUGUUUGUUCUUGGUCAUGGACUCUUAUGACUGACUCACUACUCAUCCCUCACAGCGUAUUCCAUAGCCUAGCAUGGAUCCUGCACAACCCCAUGUUUCUAUCUCUGCCUGGCUUCCACAAAACACUAGAUGAGACAAGUGGAGAAAGGGAGCGCCAGGCAAGGAAAAUAGCACAGAGCCUGUGGGACCGACAGAAAAGUAGGCUGACCUGAUUAAGGUGUAGAGCUGUCUCUGGAAGCUACUUACUAGCUGUGUGACCCUGAAUAAGUCACUUGGAUUCUUGGAGCCUCAGUUUUCUAAUCUAUAAAAUGGGGGUAAAUUGACAUUAACCUUGCAGGGCUGCUGUUCCCAGCAUGGUGCCUAUCCCACAGUAGGUACUGAUUAAUGGUAGCUGUAUGUAUGAGUGUGUACCUAUAAUAUAGUUGAGCUGUGUAGUCUUUGAGCCCCCAGACUGUGUAGUCAGUGUGAACUGUGCAUUUGAACUAAAUGUGUGUGCUGGAGGUGGCGAAUCUAGUGGGGGAAGAGACACACAGUGGAAAGUUAUUGCAAGCGAGAGGUCCAGCUCUCCAUGUCCUCAUCUAUCAUCAGGUAUUGUUCCCUGCUGCCCUAGGAGGUGGUAACUCUCAGUUAGAGACCCGGUCUGGCCUGAGAAGAAUGGUCAAGGUAGCAAUUUGUUUCCAGUUUUCUCAAGUUCUUCUUUCCCUUUAGUUAUUUAACACUUAUUUAUUGAGGAUUUAUUAUGUGCCAGGUUUUGUGCUAAGUGUUGGCUUUACAGAGGUGAAUAUGCCUUUUUCUGUGCACUUUCCUUACUAUGUUCUCUGACUGCCCUGGUCCCUCUGUCAGUCUGGUGAACAUCUGAUAAAAUUCAGUCACGUUAAGAACUCAAAGGUAUAAUGUUAAAUGAAAAAUUGCAGAACCGUGUGUGUGUGUGUGUGUGUGUGUCCUGUUUGUGUACAAAAGGAUAAAUAUGCAUGUGUAUGUAUGUGUCCAGAGUAUGUAAGGAAGGAUGUAGACAAGAAAUUGCUAACAGAAGUUACCUCUGGCAAGAGGAAGUUGGCAAGCAGGGGCAUUGGGAGAACAGGAAAGGAACUUUUCAUUUUCAUCUAUAGCCCUCUGUUUUACUUGAUUUUUACCAUGUGCAUGUAUUACUUUUAUAAUUAAUAAACUUGAUGUUAAAAAUAAAA